ACUCUCAAUUAUUUUCUCAUAUAAAUUCAAUUGAACAUUUAUUUGUUAAAGUUAAUUUUAAUAGGGAACAUUAUUGUAUUGGUGCAUAUUAUAUUCCUCCUAAUGCAACUAUUCAAAUGUAUGAAACUACAUGAUAAAAAAACAUGUCAUACACGAGGCAUUUCAUCAGAAUUGAGGCUCCAUCAGAAUGGCUAUAUGCAUGCUCAAAUGGAUCCACUUUUAAGCAGCUGUGCAUCGUCUCAAUUGCGAUGCGAGCCAAAGAUUUGGCAAGAAGAGUUUUAAGCUCGCGAGGAAAGACAACUAUUUCCUUUAAUAACAUCAAAGGGGAGGCCAGUCAAAAUCAGUAUGGAUUUGUUAUUAAGAGGAUUUUGCAAACAAAUGAAGUAAAUUGUACGUAUGCUGCAUUUGACAUUGCUGUGGAUGUUCCAUCGGAAUGGCUAUCGGAAAAUGUGGACGUCCAUAAGCUGAGAAACAUUUUAAUAGUGGCCAUCGCAGUGACUAACUAUAACUGCUUCUAUGACAAGACGGAUGAUGAAAGGGCAUAUCUACGAUUUAUGAAUGUAGUUGUUGAAGUUUGCAAAAUCAACAACUCAACAUUUCGUUUAGAAAGGAAACCUGAUUUGCAUAUCCCGCGCUACUUCAUCUAUCCCAAUUUUGAUUGCGGUUUACAGGACCUGGAUUGUGAUGAAUUGGAGAUUACAAUUGAAGAGUGCUUUUCCAGGCAUGAAAAUCAAGGAGAAAAUAAUGCUAAUAGAACCAGAGAAGAAGAAGAAGACUUGUGUGACUGCUGUAAGAAGGGAAUCAAAGCUAGAGAAAGAAGUGAAGGGGACAUGGACUCGGACGUAGGAGAAGACGAGGUGGACGAAGAAAAGGAGGGGAACACUGACGAGACAGAGACAGAGACAACGAUGGACAUAGAAGAAGAAGACGAGGUAGAUGAAAAGGAGGGGAACACCGACAAGACGGAGGCAGCUGUGGACGACAAAGAAGAGGAGAGUCACAGAGACGAGAUGGAAGGAGAAAAGGCGAACACCGACGAGAAAGAGGCACUCUCCGAUGACGAGAAAGAGGCACUGUCCGAUGACAAUGAUAAUGAUGAAGAUGAACCUAUGGACGUAGAGGGCAAAGAAGAAAAUGAAAUUAAUGAACAAAAUGCAGAUGUAGGAGAGGAACAAGAAGAAGAAGAAGAAGAAGAAGAAGAAGAAGGAAAGGAAAAAAAACAAAAAACCGAAUAA